GAGGUGAGCGGUUGUGCCGUCGCUCGAUGUUCAACAAUUCUGUUUUUUAAAAGAGCAACAUUUGAAUUGGACAACAAAAUAAACUUUGAAACCGGUUGCAAAACUUUUAGAAUAAAAAAUAAAGUACGAAAAAAGAAAAAACAAAGCUUACACACAUACGCAAACACACGUCAUUGUGCCAUUCUAUAGAGGGGAAAACGACAAUUUAAAAUCAGCAACAGCUCGGGCUCAAGGACGUCACCACGAGGAUACCCAACAGUCCCCCACCUGAAACUACCCAAAAAUAAAAAAAUAAAAAAAGAAAUAGAAAAGAAGUAAAAAAGUGAAAGGAUAGUAAAAGUAACGAAACGCCAAAAGUAUAUACAUACAUAUAUAUAUAUAUAGGUAAUCGGAAAUAUGUCAGGGCGCAGAAGUCAGACACAAAUGGCGCCUCCACCGCCGCCUCCAAAGCCAAAGAAAUCGCAGACAAAUGGCAAUGUUGCCCCACCGAAUGGCACCGCCAACGGCAACAGCAGCAGCAACAACAACAACAAUUUCAACAACAGUUACAACAGCAGCAGCAAUAGCAAUAAAAUUGUCGCAGUCACAACAACAGGGCCAAAAGUUGAAAACUCCUCGUCAGAAAUCGCUCAGAACUCGAGCGUCAAUCCAAGAAGCCAGACGCCACCGCGCACAGAGCAGGUUGUGAUGACGCCCCGUGGAAAGACAGCGACCAGCACGGUCAUUUUGAUUGAACGCAAACUGAUCGAUGAGAUCAAUGACCGUGUCCAUGUGGCCGGCGGCGACCACACUGGCAUCAUAAUCAACAAGGACACAAUUGCCGGCCAGAAGAGUGCCAGCAAGGCGGCGGCCCUCUCAUUGGAGUUUCGUGUAUUUCUCGUCAGCGCCAAUACAGGUAAACACUCGCAAGAGUCGCGUACAUUGAGAUUCUGGUUUCGUGAUUGGUUGACCAACGAUGAGAAGCAGGCACACAUUGCCCAGGACUUUUUCAAAGAGCUUGUCAGUCCGCAGGACUUUCCCAGAGAUUAUGUGGGUUUCAUUAAAAAGAUAAUGAAACUAAUGCAACAUGGCUAUGCUGAGAUACAAUCGAUUGAGAUUGAGUUACGCAUAUUGGAGGAGACAUCGGCACCGCCAUCACGACCGCCACGCGAUGGCUACAUCAUCUACUGCUAUGGCGACUGCAAUCGCAAAUUUGAGGAGGCGCUGCUAGCGCAGAAGAAAACAGUUUCGUUAGAGGAAUCACAAUUUGAAUCUCCGCCAUUGACACAGGAAAAGGUGCUUGAACUCAUUGAACAGGCAUAUCCCAAUCCCGUGUCACCUGAGGAUUUGGCCAAGGAUUAUGGAUGGAGCGAACAGGAUGUGUUGCUGGUCAUACAAUCGCUGCAGGAGCGCGGUUUGAUCAAGUUAAUGGAAUAUAAUGCCUACACUCGUAUCCAUCAUGAGGAUAAGGAGAUCAAGGUGGUUAAACAGAUGCCAACAAUAGCCUCGAAUAAGCAACCCACAAUUGCCAUCAUAACGGCUCAGUAUUGUGAGAAACUUGCUGUGGAUGCCAUGUUGGAGAACAAGGAGACGUUUGUUCGCUAUACAACAGUCGAUUCCGAUCCCAAUCUAACGAACUCACUCAGAAAAUCCAAAAAGAAACGAAGAUUUGGCGAAUCGAAUGUUUAUACCUUGGGCAACAUUGGAGCACAUCGCAUUGUGAGCACCAAACUGCCAUCUGUGGGCAGCACACGGGAGGCGAUGACAGCAACUGGGAACACAACAACCCGUCUACUGGGCACAUUCCAAAAGGUUGAUUACGUUUUCAUUGUGGGCGUGGCCGGCGGAGUGCCACAUUAUACGGACUACAAGAAGCAUGUAAGAUUGGGCGAUGUGGUCAUAUCUUAUGUGGAUAAACAGCGGGCAUUGCUCAGCAACAGCAAGGAGAAACCCUAUGUUUAUGUGUACGAGAGAAGCGGCGAGGAUGUGAAAACCUAUUUCCCAAUCAAUGACUCACUGCAGCAGAUUGCCGAGAGUCUGCAGGCGAAUAUGGAGCUAAAACGCCCUUGGGAGCAGUAUCUGAGCGAUGCCCAAAGGACGCUGGCCCAGAAAACGGACAGCGAUUUUGGACGUCCCGAUGCCAAAACGGAUAAACUGUUCAUGAACAUUGGCCACAACGAAGUCAUCGAGGUGGCCCAUCCCAUAGCCGCCGAUGAGCAGCAACUUGUCAAUGGAGUGCCGCGAUUGCGUUUGCAUCUGGGACCCAUCGGUUCUGGCCGAGAUCUGGUGCGGAGCGACGAGUUGCGCACUCAGUUUGCACGCAAAAACGGACUCCUGGCCACCGAUGUUGAGAUGAGCAGUGUCCUGGACAGCAUCAUUGGCAAUUGCCGGGAGAGUUUCGUACUGGUCAAGGGUAUAUCGGAUUACAAGGAUGGCAUGUCGACACGCAAAUGGCAGAACUAUGCAUCUUUAUCGGCCGCAUCCGUGGUUAAGUCCAUCAUUUGUGGCAUGGAUGCACCCACCAAUGUCUGAAUGCACACAGAGUUUCCUCCUCCACGUCCUUUUCUACUCCUUCUUGUUGCAUUUCAACAAUUUUUAUCAAGAAUUUUAUUCAUUUGUGUUUAUUAACCCAAAGGCAAAUCGAGGGGAUGGAAUCCCCGUUUCCUCUAUACAAUUUUUGUUAUUUAUUUUGUUAUGCUUAUUAUUUG